AUUUCUUAUCAUUUGGGAAAUAUUUAAAAAAGAAAAUGCGUUAUACAUAUUAGCUGACACAACAGAACAAAGAAAAUAGGCAUCAAAUUCUACAAUUUCAUUGUUCGAGAGCACUUUGCUAUAUUCUAAUGGAUGGAAUGAAAUAGCACUAACAUAGUUUUGUGAGGACAAAAGGAUAAAUUGUUCAAAGUUUUUCUCCUGCUUCAGACAUACUGUUAGGAGCAAGCAAUAUGCACACAAAAAUGUUGGUAUAUUUGAUGUUCUUCAUUUUUGAAAUUUCUGCAGGUAUGACUGAAUUUCCCUGCAAAUUUCCGUGUCCAUGGCGCAAUAAAUCAUUUCAGAUAUAUAACUUCAAAAGAAUAUAUGGAGCUAGAUUCAGUUUUAGUGGUGAUGGUCAAACAGCUAUUUUAGUGGAUAGUUCUGGCAGAGCGCAGCUGCAGUGUUAUCAAAUAACAGAGCGCUUUCUAAUUGUCAGGAAAAAGGAUACUGACAUAGUUCAAUGUUACUCGAUCUUUUAUGAUCUUGAAAGUCCUCUGAAGUUUCAAUUUGAACAAGGAGGAGCUAGCCAAACCUUUAACAACCAGGCAGGAGAAUUGACAGAUAUAUGUGACAUUUGUGUCCCAGGGAGAGUUUUGGAAGCUGUAGUAUCAGGGUCAAAUCCAACAUCACCUCCCGUAAGUUCUCUUGCUUGCAAUAGACCAUCAACAUGUACCUCUCCACCUGGUACUGCUUGUAAUAUGAAUGAUAUCAUUCCACAGGGCUGCCCAGUUACAACGACUGAAAGCCCGACUACCACAACCGAACAAACAACAACCAGAACUGAGGCAAGAACGACCACAGAACCAACGAAAACUACUAAGAGUCACUGUGGAAAGAAAAAACACAAACAUACCAAAUGAGCCAUGUAACAUUAUAAUAUGCAGAUAAAUUGAGUCCAACGAACUUUCUUGUCAAAUUUUCAAGGAAUAUGGCAAUUGUUUUUCACUUGUUCCGUUGUUGAUAGCGUUUGAUUUUAUCAGUUUUCAUGGACAUCCCUUUUUUGAAUUUGACUUUGGGUUCGGUAUUUUUGUUAAACUUUUUUAAUGAUAUGGUCAUUUAUUAUUAAUAGUGAUCGUUAUCUAUA